AUGAAGCGAAGGCCGAAUACUGAGACAUACUCCGGGGUUGCUGGGUCACCUCCGAAAAAGCAGCCCCGACAGGACCCCGUCUCCUGUGAAUCAUGUCGGAAGAAGAAAUCCAAAUGUGAUAGGGGCUAUCCGUGUGGUAAUUGUUCCAUGCGCAAGCUCGAAUGCAUAUACAGUUCUGGUGGCUCAGGGGUUGUGAAAGCCGGGAGCCAAGAAGAGGAGCCUCCUGUGUUGGACAGCAUCAGGCCUGAGCCGCAUCGAACCGUGCAACGGAGUAUCCUAUCCGACACAGAAACACAACAAAACAUUCGAAAUGAGCCGUUUCUCACGGCAGACUGGCUUGAAACUUUAGUCAUGGGGCACCGUGUACCAAGCGCGAUUCCUGCCCCCUUGAGAGCAGAGCUUUCACAAAAUCAACAAAUCCAGCGUUCGCCUGGCUGGCAGAACACAGUGUCAGAUAUUCAAUCAGCAGCGGCUCCACGCUAUCCAAUUGCCGCGCGUGAAAAUCCUGCUACAGUUCAUCUCCCAUCGUAUUUGCCCCCAAAGGCCGCAGCGUUGAGUCUGUUCCGAUAUUACUGUGACUACCUUGAUUUCCACUAUCACCUCAUUAUCAAAAACCAAGUCGAACGACAAAUUGAAACUAUUUAUGAGCGAGUGGCCUGCAACGAAAGCAUGAACUUUGGUCACGUUGCCUUGCUUUUCAGUAUUCUUGCCUCAGCCCUUUAUUACAAACGUCUGAUGGAAUCCUCCGACUACGCAGAUCUAUGUAGUCAUGAGACAACAUUCCUGGCAGGAGCAGCGCUGGUUCAAGGGAACUACAUUGCUUAUCCGACCAUCGAAGGACUACAGGCCACUAUGAUAAUUGGUCAUUAUCUGUCCAACAUGAACCUACCAGCUGCUAUCAGUUCAUUCUUUGUGCACAGAUCAUUUGUCAGUCAAUCCAUUAGUAUGCGUCUACAUCUUGUGGAUUCCCGACGAUCAGUGGAUGAGCGCACGGCAAAUGGAUUCGACAAAGUCAAUGUUGAACUGAAGCGUCGACUAUGGUGGGAUCUGGCCACAUAUGAUUGGUUACUCGGCUUCCUCAGUGGACCCCAGGAAUGGACAUACACCGUCCAGCCACAGCACAUGAAAGUGCGAGAACCUCUAAAUAUUGACGAUAAUGAUAUUGAACAUAAUGAGUCCGGGUUGCCUCUUUCAUCUCCAACAGAUAUGUCUUACAGCAUUUGCCGAAUGAGGUUGGCUGUCGUAUGCCGCCACAUAGUGGAUGAAACAGCAGAGUACCAUUUCAACAGGCAAGAAGUACCAUAUGAGAAGAUACUCGAACUCGACCGGGAGCUUCAAAAAGCUUGCGCUAAGAUUCCAAAUUACUUUCGUUUUGACCAUGCCUCUCGACGUGAGUUUGCAGCACUUUAUCGCGACCGCCCAAUUCUAGCAUGGCAACGAUCCACCGUACAACAAGGCUACCACUCCCGACUUUGUCGCCUGCAUCGCCACUACUUCGUGCGCGGCGCGAAAGACCCUCGCUACUCCUAUUCCCAUGUAAUAUCACUUCAAUCCGCCCGCAAGAUUCUUGAGGUAAAGCGCAUGAUGGACGAGGAAGAGCCCGUGUUUACCCCGCAUAGCUCAAUGAUAUGGUCAGUCAUGCACCACGUAUUCAUGGCGGCUGUCAUCCUUCUAAUCGAUGUCUGCUUUAAUUCGGAUGACAUCCUAGCAAAGAAAAGGAAAGAAGAAGUUCUUGACGCCUGCUGCAUGUUGAGUCGGGCGCAACAAUCCUCGUCCAUUGCCCGCGAGGGAAUUAGUGCGAUGAUGGAGAUCUUGCGAAAACAUUGCAAGCAAGAAAAGAAGCCCAAUUCUCGUUCAUUUCAAGUAGAGGCUUCUGCUUCAUCCCUGUCGAAUAUCACACCGCAAGCUGUGUCUGCAGAUACGGCAGCAGCCUCGGGUUCUAACAGAGCCACCUUUGCCCCGCAAACCUGCGGUGAUCAACCGAUACUUUCUUCGUCGGAGAUUCCGUCGGACCUCUUGCCUCUUGAGGAUAUUUGGACGGAGAUGCUUGACGGCAGCGCCUAUGCGGAGCUAGACACGCCAGAUUGGACUAAUUUGUUGGCCGAAUUGACGAACGCCACUAUGCCAUGUGAAUGA